UUGAGACACACCUCUAAACAAAAGAACGGAAAGUUUUCAGCUCUUCACGGUCGAAGACGGGAUGUUUUAGCAGAAAUAUUCUAGAUUCACACGGCAGAGAACACAGCAAUUUUGACGGACUGGGUUGAGGAAAAGAAACGCAAACCAAGCAAGAUAAAUGUUGCCUUAUCGGCUCGCUUGUCAGGACUGUGGUGUGAAGUUUGACACCAUCGGCAGCUUCAAGCAGCAUGUCCGCAGGAAGCAACAUCAACAGCAAGUGGCAGAGCUCUUCCAGACAGAUGAGUACAAAGGUCAAGUCUACUUUGCCGCUAUCUCGGUUCUGGAGCAUCUGGCCAGGAAACCCACAAACACCCAAUAUCCCAUCAUCGGUAUGUGCCUGGUGACAUUGUGUGUGUGUCCAGAGGGGAGGGAUACUUUCUACCUUUGUCACAGUUGUGAGGAGAAGUGUGGCCCAGGACAGAUCAUAGACCACCUCCUCUCCGCUGACCACCUCUCCAACUACUAUAGCUACACAGACCCUGAUGUGUUGAGUUUCUCCUGGAUGCCUAACAUGGAUAUGUUGAACCUCAUACGGCCGCUAGCUGUCAAAGAGAUGGACAAGAAUGGACCUGGAGUGCUACGGGUGCUGGACAUGCCUAAGAGUGUGUUUGUGAAGUUGAAGAGAAGUGGCUACUCUAAAGUCAUGCAGGCCCUGACUCAGACUGACAGGCUGGCUGAGUGUAUCAGAGCUGACAGACCAGAGAGGAUGACUAUACAAGAGUACCACAGAGACCCCAACAGGAAACACCCUCUGCUGGGUCUACAGCACCUGGUGGAGUACUGCUGUGAAGGGCAUGGCCAAAGGAGAUCCUACCUCUGUCAGCUCUGUCGCCUCCCCGUCCCCUCACGGAGGGUCAUCCAACACACACUCAGCUUCGACCACCUCUACUGGUACUUCAAGGUGUGUCACCCCUUCACCCUCCUGAUGAAGGACUGUUAUAAAGAGUACAGCUGCAGGUUCAUCUCCAUGAUCCUGGACCUGGCCAAUCAGGCGCAAGACAUCAGUCAGUCAGCCAAUAAGGAGAUACAGCAAGUUGUGUUGGAACCAGCAGUGUUCUCCUCAGUUGAGUUUUCUGUCUACACAGAGGCUCUGAGGAAGUUGCAGACCAUUAGAAGAGAUCAUGAGGGCAGCCUUAAGACCAGCAUUACACCUGGAGACAAACUGGUUCCUUUCUCAGAAGGGUCAAAGAUUACCAAAGAUGUUACCAUGACUACCGUUGCUGAGGCUGUUCCUAUGGAGACCAAGUCAAGCCCAGAGAAGACCAAUGUCACACCUACAGCUGUUGAGACUGUAGCUACAGCAAGUACUGCUCCAGUUGUUACCACAGCUACUAGCCAGAGAGGGACCUGUCGACUGCACUGUCAGGACUGCAACGUGGUAUGUGAGUCUGUGUCGCAGUACAAGUUACAUGUGCGUCACUGGGAACACAAGAAGAUGCUAGGAGAUAUCUUUGGACCAGGGGACGAGGACAGUAAAGCCUGCAUCCCAUCGUUUACCUUGUAUGAGUACCUCCGGAACCCAGAAAGAACCGAACCAAUUAUUGGUGUCUAUCUGUUGGUGAUGUGUGUGAGUACUGAGUGUUGGAAAAUGCCCUUCUACCUGUGUCACACCUGUCAGGAGAUAAUCCCCGCCAAUCUCGUCAUGACUCACCUCACCUCCACACUCCACCUUCGAAGCACUCUGAUGUACCAGAGUCCGCAGUGUCUGCCAUUCGGGUGGGGGACAGAGAUGGGCCUGGAGGUCCUGAAGACUCUGGCCUGUGAGGAGGAGAGAGUCCGAGGAGAGAGAGAAAAUGUACUGAAGGUGUUUGAUAUUCCUGACAGUGUUUUCCACAGCAUUAAGAUGUCCUCCUACUCCUCUGCCAUGAAGAGACUCAAGAACUUCCAUCGUUAUCUAAAAGUUGACAGGCCACUGACGUUUUCCGCCCAUCUGAAAAACAAAGACCGGAGGAUUCCUUUGCUGGGUCUGCAGUUCCUGGUUCAGUACAGCGUUACUAGGGCCGGGGCCUCGUCUCCAGGCUGGGGUUUCAUGUGUUUGCUGUGUGAGAGGAAGUUGUCAGACGGACUCAGCAUCGCUCACAUACACAGCCAUGAACACGUCACCACGUUCCUGGAGCGUGCCCAUCCAGGCUCUGUGAAAGAGGUAAAGGAGUCUGAUGAGAGGAGGAGCGAAAUACUGCUGGACCUGGCACAACAGGCUGAGAAAAUACAUGCCAUGGGGCGUCUACAGGUAUCACACACACACACACUCCACCAGACGUGUCCAGGUAAAACACUCCAAACCACCACAAAAAACCCACAGUUAUACCCUGUAGUGAUGCAUUGUCCUCAUCCCUCUUCCCUCGCUCUCUCUCUAUCUCUUUAAGUUCAUGAUGUUGCAACGCUACAUCAGGGAGUCAGUCAGCUACGAGAGAGGUGUGUGUGUGUGUGUGUGUGUGUGUGUGUGUGUGUGUCUACAUUUGUUUGGUCACCUUUGUUAGUGUGAGUGUUUAACUCUGUAUUCUGUAGCCUUAGUGAUCUUGAAGGCGAUCAAGAAGA